AUGGGGACCUGGAUUUUGUUUGCCUGCCUCUUGGGAGCAGCCUUUGCUAUGCCCCUACCACCUCAUCCUGGGCACCCUGGUUAUAUCAACUUCAGCUAUGAGAACUCAUACUUUCAGGCUAUCAAUAUUGACAGGACUGCAUCAAUGAGUCUGCAUUUCAUGCAACGAAAUUAAAGCAAAUGUAUUCCAAUGUUUCUUUUUCUUAAGGUGCUUACCCCCGUGAAGUGGUACCAGAACAUGAUAAGGCAUCCGUACCCUUCCUAUGGUUACGAACCCAUGGGUGGAUGGCUACACCAAAUCAUUCCCGUGCUGUCCCAGCAGAAUCCCCCGAACCACGCCCUGCAGCCUCAUCACCACAUCCCCAUGGUGCCAGCUCAGCAGCCCGUGGUCCCCCAGCAACCAGUGAUGCCAGUUCCUGGCCAACACUCCAUGACUCCGACCCAACACCACCAGCCAAACCUCCCUCUGCCUGCCCAGCAGCCCUUCCAGCCCCAGCCCGUCCAGCCCGUCCAGCCCCAGCCACCUGUGCGCCCCAUCCAGCCCCUGCCGCCACAGCCACCUCUGCCUCCGAUGUUCCCCAUCCAGCCCCUGCCCCCCAUGCUUCCUGACCUGCCUCUGGAGGCUUGGCCCGCAACAGACAAGACCAAGCGGGAGGAAGUGCAAAAUCGAAACAGCUUGGAGAGUGACCAGGACCUUGAAGAAAAUUUGCAAGACAAAGAGACAGCUGCACCAGGAUUAAAGGAGCUGGUGUCUGAGACCCACUUUGCUGAAGUGAAGACCUUGGGCAACCUACAAUAUUUGACGGACUCAGGACACGAGACAUCCUAUCUGUCCAAAUACCAAACUCAAGACACGCAGCUCUAUGUGACAUGGACUCCUCCAUAUGCCACACAGCAGGAGAACGGCCAUAAAUGA